UUGUGACAGCCCCGAGCGCCGCGAGCUGGGAACGUGCGCGCCUGCCGCUUCCCAUUGGCUAGAGCCCCCUCCCUGACGUCACGGCGGGGAGGCGUGCCUUUCAUCAGCUGUGCGGGUAAUGCCAGGAAGCGAGUGUCUUUUUGGAAACAAUACCGUGUGGUGCUAAGCGGCGGCGCCUCAGGUUGCAAGCCCGGGGACUUUCCGGCUCCCGCUCUUUCCGCUGGCGGCUCUCGUUUGGCGCUUCAGCAGCAAGCAGACCAGAUGAAAGGCGGGAUCCGUUUCGGAGGGUUCGCAGAUCGCCGCUUUGAAUAGGCGACCGGAGCUCCUGGAUCUCCUGGUCUCCGGGGUACGAUCGUAAGAUUCUGCAGUUGUUCUGCCCUGGCAGAGGCGCAGUGGGAGCAACAGGUGAAAUGGAUCCACCUGUUUACCUGAAAGAUGAUUUUUCCCAUUUGGAUGGGUUAGAUGAUGAUGUGUUCCACUCUGAUGACUGUGAACUGGUCAGUCAGUCCAGCAAGAUGGCCUUUCGUGGCAUUUUCACCCAAAGCAAAUCUUACAACUGCCUCCUGGGCAGGUUCCAGCUCUUCCCACUUACACAUUGUUGUGGCCCAGGCAGCAGGCCUGCCAAACAACAGGACAAGGCAACACAGACCCUCAAUGCAUCCUCUUCCAGCCAGGAUAUCAUGUUACCUUGUGGAGUCACUGAAGAGCCUCAGAGACUUUUUUAUGGAAAUGCUGGAUACCGUUUACAUGUCCAACCAAUCGGUUUCACAUUGAAUCCCCAUCUUCAGGAGGAACCUCAGGAAAGUCUGCAGGAAUUGCGUACCGAAGUUCAGAUUGCACGGAAGUUACAGUGCAUUGCAGAUCAGUUCCACAGGCUUCAUCUACAGAGGCACCAGCGAAACAGAAAUCAGGUCUGGUGGCAGAUCCUUCUCUUCCUCCAUAACUUGGCCUUGAACGUGGAAGCCAACAGACAACGUGUGGGUCAGAGGUGAGAUCUGCCCUGCCUUUUCCAGGUUCCAUCCAGUCUGCUGGGAGCACCGAACAAACCCAGGUUACAACUGCGUGUGCCACUGGACAGAUGUGAAGUUCCUGUGGACCCGGCAGUGCUUGUUGCUGUACAAAAGACUUGUUUUCAAUGGACUCGCCUUCUGACUCCCUUGUCUUCUGUAGUGGGGAGCUUUGGUCCAACACUGUUGAAGAAAGAUCUUCCCAAAUUGUCUGGCUUAUAAUCAAGGUGCAAGGAGGAGCUAAUGUAAGGAAGCUUUGGAAAAUCAGUGAUUGACUGUUGGUGAUAUUCUAGGGUCGAGGUUCGGGGCAACUACCAGAUUCCUGAUAAGUAAACUUCGAAGAAACUCUGUUAACAAGCAACUGUGAAACAACAUAUAGAAUAUGUACAACUGAAUCCUAACAUUUUAAAUACUGGAGAUACUGGUGUGAGCAAGGAGUAAGCCUUGAAUAAUAACAUCCAAUCAUUAUGCUCAGGAACAUAUAGACUGCCCUCCUGUCUUUUAACUCAAGUCAGAAAAAUGCAGUACUUCCUUAUCAAAUGUAACUUUCUUUACUACUCUAAAGCUGUAAUCCUUAUAGUAAUAAAAUAAGCCAUUACCCAACCAAUAGGAUUUCUUAGCUUUCCUUCCCUAAGGAGAGAAAGAAAGGUUUGUCCUUGGAGAGAGAAAUCCAGCCUCACAAGACCUUCCCUAAAGCUGCAAACUCUCUGCAGUUGGUACUGUGAAGGUUGGGACGGGGGUGGGGGGGGGCUUGCUAGUAGAGAUCUUGUUUUCCUCUGUCCUCAUAUGCCAACAUGCCUCUAAAGUGGGUAGGAUUCAUGGCAGCCUAGAGCUUGUACCAUUCUUUUCCUUCCCAUUGGAAUCAUUGGGCAGGACAAGGAAAGGAAAAUCCUCUUUUGGGGGGAGGGAUCCAGUUGGUGUAAGCUGCUAAAAUUACAGAAGAACUCAUUCAGCUACCUGGGUUUCUCUCUUUUCUAAGGCUAAACAUCCAACAGAAUUCGUUUAACUUAGCAGAGAAAAGUGCCUUAAUUUCACAUUAAACUCUCAUUAUGAUCAUAUUCAGUGUCAGAGACGGAGCCACAAACUACUGAAUGCCCCAUAUUACAUACUUUUGCCAUUUAGAAAAAAAUAAAAAUGGAAGUGACAUUUUUAUUGGGAAAGCAAGAAAAUCAGAUACAUUGCAGGAAAGAAGGGGAGUGCUUUUUAUCGCCUGGCCAUAGGUAGAGGGGCAUCAAUCCAGAAGAUUUUGAAAGGGGCUUUGCACUCUGGUUUCAGGCUUCUGGACUUUUCAGGGCAGGUGAGACGCAAGAUGAAUUAGAAGGCUGGUUAUACAAAGAUGUGGCUAUAUUUUUGCAAGAGACAUACCUUCCAAAGUGCUCUCCUGAAGACAUUUGCUGUUCUGAACUACAUAGCAAUACUUCCCCACUAUCUUAAGAGGCAGUAUUCCUGCUCUAGGUGUUUUUAAGAUUUAGAGUCAGCCGUCACACAGUUUGGUUAAUAUUAAGUGCAUUUGCGGUUUCACCCUCAUGGCUUUAGCAUGCUGUGCAGAUCUAGCCAAUUUGGUUAGUUUGUACUUCGUUCUAUUUUGAGGACUAAGAAAAUGGACUAACACAGGAAUGCAGUUGGGUGAUUGUGUGUUUAGUACUUCUUCCCAAAAUAGCUGCAAUGAGAGCUUCUCUUAACAUUAUGGCCUUUUUAUAUAUUGAUUUUAAGAAAAUAAAAACAACAUGAAUUAACAGUAUCCGUAUUGUUUAAAUAUUUCCCAGUGUGAAGGAACAAAUUAGUUCAGACAAAUUUUUAUUCCAAAGUUUCUAAUACUUACAUUUUUAGUUUCAUAUUUUCAGAGAGGGAUUUUAGAGUUUAGCAAGCAAACUUAAGUCUCAGACAUUUGUGUCUCUGUGCUAGAUUUCCUUCCAGUUUUGCCACUGUGCCUUCGCUAAGAGAGUCUUUGCUCCAUCUGGCCUAAUUAUGGAACUGUAGGCUAUUUUUCAGCAUUUCUGUAGUGAGUUGAAAACUUGCUGCUUAGAAUCCUGGACUGAAUCCAACUUUUGAUCUCUACAAGAAGAACAGAUUUCUUCUAUAGUAGGUUCUGGUCUAAUGGAGCAUUCCUGCUGGUAGAAUGAAUAGGUGAUUUCUGAUUCCUCUAAAAAUCUCCUCUGGAAAAUUGUGAGGCUCUAGGACAGCUAAGAAGGUGAUGUGAUGUGAACCUGCACUCUGCUUAGGGAGGUCCUGCUGGAUCCAGACUCCUAAUUAAUCCUCUUGAAAGGAAUCUAUCUAUGCCAAAUCCAUCUCCCUGAGAUCUUAUAAUUUGCAGAUGUGAAAAUGGAUCACCUGGGACAGGUUGUCCCAAGUCGGGUAUCAUUUAGGUGUGCUGAAGAUUUAGUUCACUGAUUCUCAGCCAGCAAGAGGGCACUAGAUUGAGAAAGGGUGACUUAAAUGAAGUGGCUCCGAGAAACAGAGUUUCUGAGUCAAGUUUGCAGUCCCAACCAUAUCAAUAUGCCACACCUUCCUUUAAUGGACUCAGACAAAUAAUAUUGCUCCCCGUUACUGCAUUGUGGCAUAUAAAGGUGGAAGAUUGUUUCCUUGAACGGUUUUUAAUGGGACACUUUCAUUUUUGAUGACCUUUUAGAUGCUUCUCCUACUCCUAAUCAAUAUAAGGAGUUUUUAGCCCUUCUGCCGUGAGAGCAGAUGCAUUAGAUUGCCUUGUUUGACACAUGACCUACUUACCCAUCAUCAGUUUGGACACAGGGCAGAAAUCUGAAGCACAAAGCUUGUAUUAUUCUCUGCAGUGGACUGAGCAGUAACUAUGGGAUGGAGAAGUAGGGCAUGUUAGCACAUGCAUGUUGCCUUCUACACAAUUCUUUUUAUGUGAAGACUAGAAAUCCCAAUUGGGACCUUUAAGAGUUUUACAUUGUGUCUUCUUUUUAACCUAAUACAUCAGAAUUAUUAUUGUUGAACAUUGGUUCCCUCCUCCCCACUAUUACCAAUGAUUACUGUCUGUUUAUACUAAUAAACGUGUAUCUAUUAAAGUGUAUAAUCAAGAACAGAACCUGUAAUGGGGCUGAACUGGUUAUAAGGCAUAAAUAGCUUCAUCCCACCAGACAUACUGUAAUUAAUGUGUUCUAUUUCUGGAUGAGGACCUGGGAAGCCUAUUUGAAUUUUAGAUUUUUCAUGUUCUGUAGAACCAGAACAACUUGCUUAAUAUCUAGUAAUAGAAUAAUUAACAUGUAAUCAUUACUUUCCUCCUUUGGCUUCUUGUGACCAUUUGGUGUCCUUAUCUCAUGUAUUCUAACUGGACUACCUGGUUUAAUGAGACUCUUCUCAAUGAAUUCUGUGAAUCUUAUUAAUAAUACAAACCGAUGUUGCUUAAUGAAUCCCAAGUUUUUGGAACACUAAUUUUUGAAUGGAUAGAUAAGACAAAAUCAGGGCUGGUUUAGGACAUCUAAAUUUUUUCUAAAAGAACACGUCCAUAUUCUAAAGUUCAUCAAUUAGGGAGCCCCUAAUUAAGGAGGGAGGGGGCUGUUUUCUCAUGAUCAUUUAAUUCAAAGGAAGCAAGAGUCCUUGGCUUGGGGCGAAGGUUGCUUUGUGCCACUAGUUUACAGUUGCCUUUUCUCCUUAGUGGCUCUUUAGCAACCGAAAGAAAGCCUUAACCAUGGUAGAAAGACCAUGGGAGAGUUCCAAAUAACCUGCAGCAUUAUCUGAAGCACUACUACCUCAGUAAAAUGUUGCAAAUGAGGCAGAGCAAUUUUACAGCAAAAGCUUCCACCGAGAAAGGGAUUUUCUUUUUACUAUCUCUUUCUCCUCAAUUCAGCUGGUUCUUUGUUAAUCCUUUUUAAAUCAAACUUUCCUUGGCUGCAUUCUCUCCGGUAAUAGUGCUUUUGCUGCAGUUCUUGGAAACUGAGACAGCAAUCAUAACAAACUGUACUGCCUGAGGUGACUUCCAGCUGCCAAAAAGCCAGGCCAAGGUGGGGAGAGAAUAGAGGAAUGGUCUUCAGAUAAAGACCCCGAGGAUAAAGACCCUGGGGACACUGGCUGAUUGUCCUUCAUUGGGCUUUUGUUGUGCAACUUCUGUGUCUAUAUAUGUAGCUGCUGUUUUCUUUGAAUUGUGUGGAUUUUCUUUUAUUCCAUGGCAUUGUAUUCUCCUGUUGUACCAAAUCUGCUUGUCUUGUUCUGCCAACUUAAGCAGCCUGUUGGCAGCAAGUUCUUGUCAGUGUUCCCAAAGGCUGGAAUUUUCAUUUUUGAAGACUUUACUAAUCUCUUCACCUACUUGCAAGCUUUGGUUAUAAUCAGCCAAACAGGGUGAUCUAACAUUCCCAUAGAAAACCCGUAUCUGUGACUUUGCUUUCAACACAUUGGUCUUGGGUUUUAUUUUGUUCCUUGAGGAAUUAAAAUUGUGGUCUGCUGGCAUUGUGACCAAACCCCAGAUAUGCAGGGAUACUGUUGUCAUGUAACAGUGAGCUUGAAUUAAUUAACUCCAAUCACUAUUUGGUACAAAAUAAGGACGUAUACAGCAGGAGUUGAAGCUGUAACCGAGAUUGGCCACAAUCUGACAAUCCCAUCCUAUAGAAAAGCCUGGGAAAGGCAUUAAUCACAUAAAAAGUAGAAUCAGAUGUGUCUUGCAGAAUGCAAAGACGGGAGAGGCUUUUCUAAAGUCAAAGGGAGCCAUGACAUGGGACAUGCAUUUAUUCCAGUGCUUCAUAGAAAUUACCCACGGGCUAUAAACAGAAUGGACAACAAUUAGUAGAUUUAACUGGCUGUGAUAAAUUAAAAGAGUCAUUACAAACACCAGAAGUAUUGUUGCUAUGACUGCGCUGUCUGCUCAAAUUGCCCAGCUGCAAUGUGGCACAUGGGAAGUUUCUUUAUACUGAUUAAGAACAACAAAUAAUUUAACUGCACAGAGACCAACCCAGCCCUAUUUUUUUUCCCCCCAGUAAGGUUUCCCCGCACAUGUGUGUUAGUCGUUUCCGGCUCUAGGGGUGGUGCUUCUCUCAAUUUCUAAGAUGAAGAACCAGUAUUGUCCGAAGAUGUCUCCCUGGUCAUGUGACCAGCAUGACUCAACACCAAAGGCACACCGAGCGCUGUUACCUUCCCUCCACCAAAGUGGUCCCUAUUUUUCUACUUGCAUUUUUUACGUGCUUUCGAACUGCUAGGUUGGCAGAAGCUAGGGACAAGUAACGGGAGCCCACCCCGUUAUGUGGCGCUAGGGAUUCAAACCGCUGAACUGCCGACUUUCUGGUCGACAAGCUCAUCGCCUUAGCCACUGAACCACUGUGUCCCCUUCCCCCCAGUAUCCUCUCCCAAUUAUGUUGCCAAAAUUUGGAGGUAAAUGCCAGAAAUCAAGGGCAUUUCCCCUUACUUUUUAUUUUUGGAAAAAUAACAUCUGAAAGAAAGCCCUUCAAAACUUCAACGCAUGUCAUCAUCACCAAGCCUGAGAUCCUUGCAGGGGAUUUUCUUUCUUUUUUAAAAAAAAGUAGACUCCGGUCACAAAAAAAUUGGCUGAACCUGGUCUACGAUGCUUAUCAGCAGCACUGCCACUCCUUCAGACAGAUAUCUCCCUUUCAAUAUCCCAGAGAUCUGACAUGGGACCACUGGAAUAGGACUUCAAUAUCCUUGCUAGUAUGUUAAUCUGCCCAAUAGAUGAGUGAGCUGUAACAUUGUUCAACUGCGCCUCCCUGAGGGUAGGCAAAUAGCUCUUUUAUACAUAAUACACCUUGAGCUGGAGACCAAAAACAAACAAGGUUCAAGGAAGCACCCUUUGAAAGCUGGAGCUGAUGGAUAGGGAACAAAAGUAAGCUUCAUGUUAUGCUCUUGAAUUAUCCCGCAAAUGAGGAGAUGGUUGUCCUAUCCUUAAUAUAGAACUAAUGUUUCAUUUCCAGCUACUUUUCUGUAAUUGGAAUGAAGGCAGCAUCUUUCUUUUCACUUCAGAUAGGAGAAAUAUUUGAACCAGGUUUCUGUGGCUACCUUCUCUCCUGAUAUGGUGGGAAUUUCUCUCCUGAUAUGGUGGGAAUUUACAGGGCAGAUCACUAAGUUUACAAUCUCACAAUCAGUCCGUAUCUUUUAAGAUAUGGGUAGCUUGAGGCCUUCCAAAUGUUGCUGAACAGCUGUUUUUAACAUGACCAGUGCUGAAGAAUGCUGGGAGCUUGGUCCUGUGACAUCUGGAAAGCCUAAUUUUCUAAGCCUUGUUUCAAGACACGAGUUUUAAUACCCUGGGUAAGCGUGCUUAUGACAAAAUGUAAGGUUGCUUACAUUUAUGUGUUAUUUUACUCCUGUCCUGCUUGGUUUUGUGUACUGAAAGCAGAUGGUCUUGUGGUUCAUUGCAUUAUAUCAUAUUUUAAACAUCUGGCAAUAUGUGUUCAGUUCUAUUGGGGUUAGUUUCACUUUGGAGCCAGCAACAUGUAAAAACAGAACUUCAGGUGCAACCUAUCAAUCAGUGGCAUAUUUCACCCUCUAAUAUAAAAUAGGAAAAGGGAUAAUUGGUUCUAAUGACAACCAUAUAAUCCUUAACUAUUAGUUGGAGAUUUAUUAAGAAAUGUAUUUUUCAGUGGAAGGUAAAACCUGUAGUUAAUAAGCCAAAGGUUCAACUCUAUGUACACUUGAAAGUAAUUCCAUUUUACUGUAAAAGGUCUUGCUUCUGAGUAAGCCUGUGUAGAAUCAUAUCACAUGUCAUCUUAAUAUGUUAAUAGUUUAAAACAACAAAUGAAGCUUGAGAUCUAUAUCUUUAAAAUACGGACAUGUCCUUUACAUACUCAAAUGUCCCUUUUCCAUCUAAGAGUCAACGACACUCUUACUUUUAGCUAUUUCAUACCCUGAAAGGAGAAAUGUUUGCCAAUCUUUCCAACUAUAACUGAUUUAUAAAUGCUACUUUUGUUUUGCAGACUUUCACAGGCAACAGUGGGUUGUAUCCCAACUUGACCCUCUAUUUCCCUCUGGGAAAGAGGCCUGUAUUUUAGCAAUUCUUUUUUUUUUAAUGACUAAAUUUGGAUCCAAGCCACUGUUUAUCUUCAUGGUCUGAGAAGCUUCAUCUGCUUUUCAAGAUAUGAGAGGUUUUUUUUUCUUCCAGGUAUUCUGGCAGCUCUUGUUAACAAAUGUCAUUCUAGUUAUUAAAUUUUAAAUUUCCUACACACACACAUAAUAAUAAUAAUAAUAAUGACUUAAUAUUGCUUUGGGUUUCACAAUGACAGUACCGUUUUUUAAGUUUCUGAAACAGUACUGAACUCCUACAAAUUUCUGGUUCUUACUCAUCAGCAAUAGGAGAAAAAAGGCCAAAUAUGUCACGUGCAUUGGAAUAUAAUUGUGUAUGUCUAUAAAUAAAAUGUGGUCUCUAAGUUCCUCUUUCCUGUUGCCUCAAAUAGGAUCACCAGUAUUUAACUGCCUUUGCUGUACUCUGUUAACAGUGAUUGAAAAAAUUGGCAAUAAAUUGCCAUAAAAACUAUCCCUGCUCAUGUAUUCAAAUUGAGUUGCCUUAAAGACACAGCUACAGAGGUUGGGUGUAGCAUUGGCAGCCCAGACAGAUUUAUUGGUUGGGUUUUUGCAACUCACUGACUGUGAAACUGGAUUAACAAGCACUCAUGUGCCACCAUGUUACCCCCCCCCCCUUUUCCUUUCAUGAAUUUGCAAAAUAAACAGGAACUUUUCAGAAAUCUACUUUGGAAGAUGAUUUCUGCAAAGAGAAAGCCAUGUGAUUUUAGGGGCGAGGUGGACUUUAUAAUACUUAAAUGAAGUCCGUUGAAAUCAACUGAAUAACUGUAAUUACUCAUUUGUCCUACUGAUUUCUGUGAGCUUCAAUUGCAACUUAUGCUGUCCGGUAGGAAGCUUGUACCUCUAGGAACAAUGGGGACAUAGAAAAAUUUUUGGGAUGUGUUUCUAGAGGCCUUCAGAUUAUUUUCAACCUUUGAGUAUUGAGAAUACAGGAUGAGUUUAAGAGUAGGAAGGAUAUAUUGGAUCAUUACUGU